GCACAUUCAAACUUUCCUUCUUUACAUAUUCCAUUACUUGGACAAGGUUCACAGGAGUCUGCAAUGAAUAAAAUCUUUCUUAACUGACUUUGAAAGGAUGAAAUUGAAAAUCAUGACAAAUUUUAAAUCCAUUCUCAUCACCAUAUAAACGACAUAGCCAACAUUUAAACCUGUAUCUCACUCUAUAGAAUCAAUAUAUGUAUCAUAUCUUGCCACUAAGAUCCACCAAACUAGAUGACACAUAUAAUGGAAUGGACCAAAUAUCGCAUUGGCUGUCGACCAAUGCAAAAUAUCUCAUCCAUCCGAAAUUGGGACCGACCAGGCUAAGAUAUGCAUUGAGUUCAAUCACGAAAUGAACAAAAAGAUAGGAUAACAACAUAUUCACGUUGCAGACUUUCAGUACGAUACAAUCCAAAUUAAAAGCAGAUUAUAAUCCAAAAGAAGAAGAAGGGAAAAAAAUUAAAUAGAUAUAAAAUAAGAAGCUUUUCUUCAGAAGUAGGAGCUGACCUGAGAAAGACUCGUCGAAAGCAAGAUCACUGUCGCAAAAAGGAGGGGGCUGUUGGUUGAAAAAAGUGACAACGUAGUUGCAGAAUAUAGCCACAAAGGCGGCGAUCGAAAGAACGGCAACGAACCUUAAGAUUUCAACAAUGGAGCUUCCAGAAAGAACCGAAGAAGAUGAAGAGUAGUGUCUUGGGUUCUGGGUUUUGGGCCGUUUUCUUGAACUGGAAGCCAUGGAAAUUGAUGGCGCCUUUCAGUGGAGGAUUCUGGAAAUUGAAAGGGUUUUAACAAUAGUUUCUUUUCUCAGGGUAUUUAUUUGACAAAAGGGCUUCAUCUUUAAAGAAGCUUAUAUAGAUUCCCAUAAAGUUUUGAAAAUUUGAACAAUGUGAGUUACAAUUAGACCCUUUAAUUUUUCCUCCCUCGUUCUUUUCUACCCGUUGUAAUUGUAUUUGUCCGUCCUGAUAAAUCCAUCUUUUUAAUUGUUUGUUUUAUUCAAAUCAUUACCUGUUCCCGUCUGAUUUAAUAAUCUAUAAAGCUUGUAUCUGAAAUCCUAAACUGAAAGGGACAGCUGAACUUCUCUGGCAACAAGAUUUCCACAACUUUUUCUUCUGUAAAUUUCUAGAUUCCAUUGCGUGAAAGCAUCAAUCUUUCAAAAGGAAAAGAGAAGAGAAGAUCGUUCAGUCUUCUGGGUUUUCACCAAAUCCACCCUCUUUGGUAAAGCGUUUUUUUAUACCUUUUGUAUCAGUAUUUGUAAUUUGGUGUGGAGUUCUGAUUGUUAUUCCUUUAUGAGCAUGGUUGGUGCUGUGUUAGAGUUUCUUUUUCUUCUCCUUUCAUUGAUUUGAUGAGUUCUGAACGCACACGGGAUGGCUACUCAUUAAUUUCUCAUUGUUCUUUGGUUCUUUUUUUUUUCCUUUGUUAUUUCUAUUGGUUAUAUGCGUAUUGACUUACUGAUAACGCUUUCAAUCGGGCUCAACUUUUGUAAAGAUCUAUUUUUUGUGUUCGUUUUUUUGGUGUUUCUGGACAAAUUUAUUUAGCUGAGGAUGAAAGAGUGUUUGUUUUAGUGAAUUUAGCUCUACUUGGAACCAAAUAUUACAGUUUAUGCUGUAUGAUUUCUUGAUAUCCGGAGUUAGAUUUCUGUUGGGUGUGGUUCUGGAGAUAUCAGAAUGGGUGUGGUUUUGGGUUUGGUGACUGAAUUAUGAAUUGCAGGAUGUGUUGACAGGAAUAGGACAUUAGAUUUGUAAACCUACCUAGUAUUAUUACCAGGCUUCUUAGGACUCUUUUGAUAGACUUAUGAUGUCAUCUGUUGCUGCUGUCCCUUUUUUGAAUGCCGAAAAUGGGUAUCAGGAAGUUUACCAGCCAUCCAAGCCAAUGGGUUAAUUUCGCUUGGAAUUGCUGUUUGUCUACCACUUAAGCAGACAGCAUUCAUGUCCAGGUUAUAUAGAAGUGUGUGCCGACUUGAGUACUUGAAUUUUGAAACUAGUAAAACAGUAGAACUGUGUUGCCCAAGCUGAAAGUAAACCAUGCUCUAAAUGGUUGUGCUUUGGUUCUGAGUUUUCAUUAGGACUUACACAUAAGUCAUCACCAUCAUCAUUCUUCUGGUUCAUUCAUGUACAGCUGAAAGGAAACUGUUCACGUAUUGUUGUACUUAAGUGGCAAAAACUGACAACAGAUGUUUGUAAACUAAUACUUUAGAUAUUAAGUAAUGUGAAAUAGAAGAAGUUCAUAUUGUAGAUUUCAUCUCUAUAUUUUGCUUGUCAGCUUUCUAAAUGGAGGACGGGAAGACAAUUUAGUGAUUGGUGAUUUUCUUCACCUCUUUAAAAUGAAAUUCCCCUUGGUGAGGCUUAUCUCAAUGUUCAUACUUGGAUUACGUUAAGUUUCAACUAAACUUUAGUAGUUGUUUUUUUUUUUUUCAAUUUUUUUUCUUUUCUGGAACUGAGUUUUCUGUUUUUCAGUCCGUGAAAGGAAAAAUGCAGAACUGAGGCUAUUCCAGCACCUGCUUUUAGUGCAAGUAGUUCAAACAGCAACACAGCUAUAGUUUCAGUUAAUUGGCAGUCUGUAUGAAAAACACAGCUAUAGAUUCAGUUAAUUGGCAGUCUGUAUGAAAACAUUCACUCCGUUCCUACAGUUUAAAAAUGGAGUAAACCAGUGCUAUCAAAACAAAGAAAAGAAUGAUUUAGAUGCAACUUUUUUCUCGGUUAUGACUGUUGUGUGCCCUAUACUUCUUGAUAAACCACAAAGGACCUGGCAUGGUAGUCUAUGAAUUUUAAUUUAUUCUACUUCUUAUGCAUCCUGCUUGCUUGGUAAUCUGAUAAAUGACAAUUCGACAUUUCAUUUUCCAGCAUGUCUCUGUCAUGAGUUAAGCAAGUUUACAAUGGCCGGCUUACCUAGACACGUCAGGGCUUGCCUGGAGACAGGAAAGCUUGCUUCCUUGGCUAUUUUGGUUUCAGCAGGGAUUGUAUUGCAAGUAUUAGCUUGUGCUUUGUAUAACAACUGGUGGCCAAUGUUAACAGUGAUAAUGUAUGUCGUUCUACCUAUGCCGUUAAUUUUCUUUUCUGGAUCAGAUACUUCGUCGCUUUUCUCUGAAUCCGAGAACAGUUGGGCAGAUGUAACUAAAUUCCUAACUGGAGCUUCCGCGGUUGGCAGCAUAGCUAUCCCAGUCAUCUUAAAACACGCGGGAAUAAUUGGAUGGGGAGCAAUGGCGAUGGAACUCUCGUCCUUCUUCAUAUUCGUGUUAGCUAUCAUGUGUUUUAUUGGGACGAGCGAACAUGACGGAUACAGCAUGUUCUGAAGAUUCAAAGUAUUUUUUUUUUUUUUUUUUGGUACCCCGUUGGUGUGAAAAAUGUAUAGUUGCAUUUAACCUUGUUUGUCUGAGCAUUUUGCCUCAUAAUUUUUGUGAAUAGCAGAACAACUUCACUGUUAAUGUAUACGCUAGUAAUGACACGUUUCAAAAAGUUUUGGAUUGUUUGCUUGGCCUGAUGAACUGGGUUAUUUUGUUGGACCAAGAUACUCUCCAUGUCCGGA